CACAAUUCCGUAUCUUUUGAACUACAUUUCCCAGAAUGCGCUGCCCUCCUAGUGGAAGGGGGAGGGACUUUUGUCCCACUGGACUACGCUUUCUCCCGGAAGUCAACCGUUUUCGGAGCUCUCCAGGCUUCCGUAGUUCGCCGCCGCCUUGAGUGAGGGCACUUGGGGAUGUGGACCCUCCUUCUUCAAGCAACCCGGUAGAGACCGAAGCAAAGUGAAUGGGCAGAGAGAGUCGGGGAGAAGGCGCGGGAGCCAUGCCUCUCUACAUUCUUUCCUGAGGUGACUCUGGGGAGAAGCUCUGAUUGUUGAGGGCUCAGUGUUCUCCUAGGCAGCGGUAACGGAGGAAUGGCCCCUGUACUCCUGCCCAGAAAGGAUCACCAGGAAUCGGUGACUUUCGAGGAUGUGGCUGUGGACUUCAGCCUGGAGGAGUGGGUCCACUUGGGCCCAUCUCAGAAAGAGCUGUACAAGGAUGUGAUGCUGGAAAACUACCACAACCUGGUCUACCUGGGACUAGCGAUUUCCAAACCAGAUGUGAUCAACCAGUUGGAGCGAGGGGAAGUGGUUUGGAUUUCAGAAGGAGAUGGCCCAAGAAGCAUCUGUUCAGAUUGGGACACUAGACCUGAAACUAAGGAAUCCUGUCCAAAUAGUGGCCUCUUCAUGGAAGCACCAUUGCAAAAAAGAAUUCAUGCGGGAAGUCUUCAUGUCUCCAAGUUUGGCAAAGCCAGGGAAUGUUGUGGUUUAUUAGAAAAACAGCAGAGCAGUGAGGAUAAAUUUUUUGGACACAUACAAAUAUUUGAAGUGACUUCCAAUCAAAGUAGUGAACAUGCAUGUAAAAAAUAUAAUGGAGGCUUUUGCCAAGGAACAAUCCUUUUUCCACAAGAUAAAUUGUCUCUUGGAAAGAAUCUUCAUCAUUGUGACACAGAGCAAAGAAGAAUCAAAUUAUAUUCAUACUUAAAUAAACAGAAGAGAAUUUCCUUGAAGAAAACGUUUUCUAGGUAUAAUGAAGAUGAAAAAUUACUUAAUUUUGAUUCAGACCUUAAUGAGAAUCAUAGCAAACAGAGUGAAGGGAAAGCACAUUUAGGAAAUGAAUGUGGUCAGACUUUCUCUCUGAACCAGAGAAUUCCUAUUGUAGAAAAAUAUUAUGAAUCUAACAAAUGUAGAAAAGAUUUAAGUCAGAAGACAGAGCUUAUACAACAUCAGAGAAUUCAUACUAGAGAAAAACCUUAUUCAUGUAAUGAGUAUAAAAAGAUUUACCCACAGAAAGCUGACAUGACUAUCCAUAAUAGAAUUCAUACUGGAGAAAAACUUUAUGAAAGUAAUGAUUGUGAAAAGACUUUCAGGCUGAAGAGAACACUUACUGACAAUCAAAAUAUUCCUAACAUCAAGAAACCAUAUGAAUGCAAUGAAUGUGGGAAGACCUUCAGUCAGAAAGCAGGACUUAAUGGACAUCAGAACAUUCAUACUGGAAAUAAUACUUAUAAAUGUAAUGAAUGUGGAAAGAACUUUAGUCAGAAGGCAGGACUUGUCUAUCAUCUGAGAAUUCAUACUGGAGAGAAACUCUUUGAAUGUAACGAAUGUGGGAAAGUCUUCCAUAAGAAGAUAGGACUUACGAGUCAUCAAAAAAUUCAUUCUGGAGAAAAGCCAUAUCAAUGUAAUGAAUGUGGGAAGGCGUUCAGUCACAAGGCAGGACUUACCUGCCAUGAGAAAAUUCAUACUGGAGAGAAACCAUAUGAAUGUAAUAAAUGUGGUAAGGCUUUCAGUAGGAAAUCUGUUCUUACUGACCAUCAGAAAAGUCAUACUGGAGAGAAACCUUAUCAGUGUAAUGAAUGUGGGAAAGCCUUCACCAGGAGGACCAUCCUUACUCAACAUCAAAAAAUUCAUACUGGAGAGAAGCCUUAUAAAUGUAGUGAAUGUGGGAAAGCCUUUAGUCAGAAAAUAGGACUUACCUGCCAUCAGAAUAUUCAUACUGGAGAGAAACCUUAUGAAUGUAAUAAUUGUGGUAAAGCCUUCAGUCAGAAGACAGGACUUACGAGGCAUCAAAAAAUUCAUACUGGAGAGAAACCAUAUCAGUGCAAUGAAUGUGGAAAGGCCUUCAAUCAGAAGCGAACACUUACUGAACAUCAAAAUAUUCAUACUGGAGAGAAACCUUAUGAAUGUAACGAGUGUGGGAAGGCUUUCAAUCAAAAGAACACACUUACUGAACACCAGAAUAUUCAUACUGGAGAGAAACCUUAUGAAUGUAAUGAAUGUGGGAAAGCCUUCAAUCAGAAGAAAAGACUUACUAAACACCAGUAUGUUCACACUGGAGAGAAACCUUAUGAAUGCAAAGAAUGUGGGAAAGCCUUCAGUCAGAAGAGAACACUUACUGAACAUCAGAAUAUUCAUACUGGAGAGAAGCCUUAUGAAUGUAAUGAAUGUGGGAAAGCCUUUGGUCAGAAGACAGGACUUAGUAAACAUCAGAAAUGUCACACCGGAGAGAAACCAUAUCAGUGUAAUCAAUGUGGAAAAGCCUUUAGCAGGAGGACAAGGCUUACUCGACAUCAAAAAAUUCACACAGGAGAGAAACCAUAUGAAUGUAAUGAAUGUGGGAAAGCUUUCAGAGAGAAGACAAGUCUUACUCAACAUCAGAAAAUUCAUACUGGAGAAAAACCAUAUCAGUGUAAUCAGUGUGGGAAGGCUUUUAGCAGGAAGACAAUUCUUACUGAACAUCAGAAAACCCACCACCGGGGAAAAAUUUUGUCAGAAUGUAGAAAGUCCUUCGGUUGGAAGACAACACUUGAAUAUCAGAAAUUUAAUAUAGGAGAGAAACUUUUGGAAUAUAAUGAAGCACUUUUGAAAGAGAAGACGUAUUAUUAAACCUUAUUGUAUUAAAUUAUUAUUAAAUUGUGUCCUAUUAAAACUUGGAAGUGGGAAGAAACAAUGAAUUUGGGAAAGCAAGCUAGGGGAACUUAGAACUUGCUCAAAAUAAUAAUUUAUACUGGAGAGAAACUUAAUAAUUUCAGGAAAGCCUUCAGUUGGGAGAAAAUACUUACUGAACAUUAAAAAUUACUAAAGAGAAACCUUAAUACAGUGAUAAGGCGUUUAGGUAGUAAAAUGUAUAAGAAUACCAGAUUUGGAGUGAGGAAGACCCAAGUUCAAACUCUGCCUAAGACAGUAGUUAUGUGAUUCUUGGCAAGUCAAUUAAUCUCUCUUGACUUUGGUUUCCCAAUCUGCAAAUGAGAGAUAAUAGUAGAGUUCAUUUGAAAGUCCAAAGAAAUAAAACACGUAGUUGGUUUUGCAAGCCUGAAAACACUAUAAAUGCUAACUUUACAGAAAUGGUUGUAGGAAGGGCGUUGUGAAGGAGGUAGAUCUAAUGGAAUAUCAAAGAAGUCAUACAAGAGGAAACCUUUAUGAAUAUAAUAUAUUUUGGGUUGUCAGCCAUUGGAAGUCAGAACUUAUUGAAUAUUACAGAUUUUAUAUCAAAGAUUAUUAUUAUUAUUUUUUUUUUUUGGCUGAGGCAUUUGGGGUUAAAUGACUUGCCCAGGGU